ACGAGCACCUGAUCAUUAGACAAGGCAGAUGGUAAACAAGUAUUUAUACAGAUUAUUUUUUGACAAACCACAGUGGAUAUUGAUCGGCUGGGGCUCGCGGACAUUCCUGCUGCUCCUAUGCGACACAAAGCAUGGCAGAGAGACAAGACAAUGAGGUAGAAGAGGCUGAUCAGAUCUACCUGCUCAUGAAGGAGGACUAUCGGAUAUCUAGGAAUGUGCGUCUGGCGUGGUUCCUUAGUAAACUAAAUCAAGUCAUCUGGCCAGCCUCAACACCUGAAGUGCUGAACUCCGAAAACGAACUGGACUUGCUGAGCGUCUUACCUAAAGGAUGGCAACCAGACUUCUCCCCCUCAGCUUAUCCUUGUGUAUUGAUGCCAUCUACCCGGGCCACAUUCCUGGCCCGCAGGUACCGCUUCAUCAUCGAGCUGGACCUCAGCCCCUCCACAGGGAUUGUGGAUGACAGCACAGGAGAGAUGAUCUUUGAUGAAGUGUUCCAUGCGUUGUCCAGGUGUCUUUCUGGGCUAGCUCAGCCAUUCAAAGUCCCUGGAACUGAUCAGAUUUUCAAGCCAAAGAUCUUCGUCACCAUUUUGGCCUAUUCAUCAGUUAUUGGCCUCACUUCACAUCAGGUUUUGGUGCAAGGAUGCCAGCUGGAUAGAACAGACCUGAAUGAGUUCUUGCAUCACAUCUACCAGCAACUGAGAACAUUAGAGAGCAACAUUGCAGAAGUCCUACAUCAACAGCAAGAGCAUUUAAUGGACCCAGCACAAAGCUUAAACCAGCACAGUAACAACAUGGAGGACCAGCUACACAGGAAGCAGGGUAUGUCCAUGGUGUCAGCUGAUAUGGGUCUUGUCAGCAUGGUACGCCAGGGGAUCUUGGCUCUUCAGUUGCUGCCUCCAAACUCCAGUGCAGGUAUCAUCAUAAUCACUGAUGGAGUGACCAGUGUUCCUGAUGUAGCUGUGUGUGAAACGCUGCUGAACCAGCUCAGGAGUGGAACCACUGCAUGCUCCUUUGUACAGGUUGGCGGUGCCUACUCCUAUGACUGCAGCUUUGGCUACAUCCCAAAUGUGGAGCUGAUGAAGUUUAUAUCGUUAGCUACUUUUGGGUCUUACCUGCCCAGCUGUCCGGACGUGGACCAGAACAGCUGGGAGAUGAAUGCUUACCACAAGGCUUUCCUAACCUACUCCUUCCUAAAGACCCCUGAGUCUAUGAACUCUGAAUACUUCUGUGUUUCCCAGCCCAAACUGUUUAAUGAGCACCUGGUGUCAGCCAGUGGCAACCCUGCUCUGGUUAUGAGGAGAAAGAAGCACACAGAAAAGGAAGUUCAUGCUCAUUUAGUCAGUGUGGUUUCAGUGCGACUGAGAGAAGGCUACACCAUCAGAGAUAUCAGCCUAACAAAAGGUGGUACUCAGCUGGAAGUGAAGCUGGUUCUGUUGUGGAAACACAAUAUGCUUAUCGAGUACCUGGCAUCUGCCUCCUGGCCUCUGGAUCCAUCCAAAAGAACCACCAGGGUGGAGGUAACCAUGGAGGGGAGCUAUGAUAUCCUGCAUGACAUCAGCUGCACCCAGAGGAAGCCCAUCACCAGUCCGUACCGCACCUCUGUUAUCCGCCGCUUCUGGAACACACUUCAGAGCAUCAACCAGACAGAUCAGAUGCUGGUGCACCUCCAGUCGUUUAAUUCAAUCCCUGAGAACUACACGAUUCCAGAGAGUACCAAAAAUGGAGUCCCUUUGUUCUACAUCCCACCUGGCUCUACUACCCCGGUCCUGUCUUUGCAGCACAGUGGCUCCAAAGACUCCUCUCAGUCCCAGUUUGCAUCGUACUGGAAGCCAAUCCUCUCCAUGGAUGCCAACUUCUGGCAGAGAUGGCUCCAUAUGCAUCGCAUCGCUAUCAUCCUUGAACACGACUUGCCUGUCCCCAAACACCUGCACACACCUGGAAACAACGGACGAUACAGCACCAUUCAGUGUCGCAUCUCCCACUCUGCUCUCACAUCUCUUCUGAGGGACUGCAGCAGCUUUGUGUUGGUGGAAGGGUACUCAUACGUAAAACUCAUAUACAGUUCAUCUGACCAGCCUCCCACCUCCUUCUACCUGGUCCGUCUCAUCUCAAAGACCCCCUGCAUGGUUCUGCGUCUGGGCUUCCCUAUUGGCACACUAGCCCAUGUUAGAAACAAGAUUGUGGAUGAGCUGCGAGAGCAGAUCCUUAAGCUCCGUUUCCCUCAUCGUGUUCAGAACAAAGAAGCAACACCAAAGACCAAGAGGAAGACUGUUAGUAACACAUCUCCAUCCAAAUCUCCCUCCAUCCCUGCUGCCAAGUCAGCUCUUUCAGACAGACGGUGUGUGGUGGUGCUCACCAAACCUCUAGAGAAGUUGCUUAUAAGGUAUGAGAAGUUGCCACUGGACUUCAGGACUCCAUUCAUUUUCAAUAUGGAGAACUUCCCACUGCCCACCAACACCGCUGUGCACCUCAGCAUGGCAGCCAACCGGACAGCCUCCUCCACUCUGGCCUCACUGUCGCGUUACUUUCUGCACCAGCGGUGGGUGUGGGCUGUGCAGAGCAGCCACGGACCAGCUGUGACCAUGCAGGCCAUUGCUCACAUCCUGUCCAUGCUCUCUGAGAUUCACAUAUCAGAAGGUUUUCACUUUGCUUCUAGUGGAGAGGGCAUCAUCAACAUGGUGAUUGAGCUGCCAAUGAAGGGCAUGUCGAGUGACACAGAACGAGAGAGUCAUUCCUGUUUAGUUCAGUACAUCCUGUUUCCACCUCACUCAACCUCCACCAAGGACAGCUUUUCUACGGACGAUGACAAUGACACUGAGGUGGAGGCCGUGGACAUGGACAGUGAGCUGAACUUAGUGACAGAGUGCUGGGUGGAACCACAGAGCGGCACAGUGGUGAACUGCAUGGACCAGCACCGCCACUUUCAGGGCCUUAAAUACCAAGAGAUCCCUCAGGCAAUCUUUCCAAGAGACCUCGCCUGCAUGUCCACCAUGAUGACUUUUGAGUAUUUGUGCCAACUGUGUCAGAAUAAGGAGCAGGUCUGCUCUCUGCCAGAUGAAGUCAAAGACAUGCAAGGAGAAGUCCAGGACCCUGCAGACAACAUCCAGAUAGUUCCUUUCCAGUUUGAUCUCAUUCAGCUGCUGCCGAAUUGUCAGCAGGUCGAGCUUUUCUUCCUCACAUUCAGUACAGGUAACGUCAAUGCUGUGGAGAAUGAGGAAGACAUUCACAGCUCUUCCUGUCUGCCCAAUGAGCUGCUUCUCAGUCUCUUCCACAGCAGCCUGGAGCAUGAGCUCAAUGACAGAGAGAUCCCAUUGACUGGCAGCAACCAUGAUGCCUUUAUGCACCACAUCUUAAAGCGAGAACGAGACGGCCACAUGGCUCCUUUUAAUUUACCUCACAUUAAAGAAGAAUAUAUGAAACCUCCAGACAGACAGGACACUGUGACAUCGUUCCACACCACCGGAAGUAGCAAAGAGGUGAUGGGGUCCACAAGCACCUUACAGAGUUUCAGUAAUGCAGAACUAGUGGAUGAGGAACCCUUACUGUUGGAGAGGAGCCGCUCUACACCACAGUGGAGGUGCUACGCCAAAUACAUCAGCUCCCAGCAGCUUUUCCUCACGUUCCUCCCUGCUACCUUUGCAGACGUUCUGAUGUUGAUGGCAUCAGCGGUGGAGACUGAACCUCGAAGUAGCAUCAGCACACAGGAGGACGACACUCUGACUCCCAGUCACAAAUCUCAGGCCGACUCUUUGUCAGGCUCCAUCAGUGGGAUGGACAGGUUCGAGUCUGGCCUCAGUCCGACCUGUAAACUGCGCAGGACUUCCAGUGGCGGACAUUUUUCUCCAAAAUCUCCUCUCUCACCUCCAUCUGAGGGUCAUAUGGGGAUUGUUGAUUCCCUGAAUUUGGACCAGGACAGUUUGGAUAGCAGGCUGUCAGAAGCAGAGGCUGGAACAGCAGCUGCAGAUGUAAUAGAAAAGGAGGGCGUCCAGUUCUCUGAACCACGGAAGACAGAUUUACACAUCAGCUUUAGCCGGCAGGGUUCCCAGCAGAGCAUCAGUGACUGCAGCCAGUUAAAGUGUCCAGUUUACGUCUACAAUUGUUCACUGGAACACUUGAAGGAACAGCUUGUUCACCCCAACUCUGGCCGCCAACCCAGGGACAUUUUCUUCAGAAGUCAAGAUGCUGAAUCCUGGGAGAUGUAUCAGCAGAUGAAGCUAAGGUCACUGUCUCAGGACCGCAGCAGUCCAUCCCCAUGGACUGAGCUCUUGUCUCAGCCUCACAAACAGAAAGAGCUGGCUAACUACUGCAACCUGCUGCAGGAACACUACCACCAGAGCUACGUCAAAGGUGUGUAUCGGAGCCUGCAGCAAUCCUACAGCAUCAGUUCCCAGGAUGUCCUGAUGGCAAUGGACUACUGUGAAGAGUCAUUGCAGGAGAUUGACAUAACCACCUUCCUGCAGACCCUCUGUGGACACAUCAGGGUCUUUAGGGAGAACAGGAAGGCUCCAGGUUUGGGCAGAAAUCCUAAACCUUCAAGAAGCCUUGCCACCUUUAUCAUUGGAGAGGCUGAAGAGGAGCAAACUGAUGCCAGACCAGUCAUGGCCUCCUCCUGCAGUAGUACUGACAUGGAGGAUGCCAGUGAAGCUGAAUCUAGAGGGAAGUGUCCUGUCUCUGGUCCUGGAUCUCCACUGAUCCUGGAAGAGUCCAAGACCUCAGAGUUCCCUCUGACUUUGCUACAGACCCAGCCCAAAUGUGAAGUCUUUCCAGAUCUGCAUAAAAUCAUACAGGAUAAAUUCUUGGAGAUCCUGUCUCGGUAUUUUAAAAGUGUUCCCUCCAAUCCACACUACUUCUUCUACUGUCUACCAUCAUCUAAGAAAGAGGAGGACUCAGAGGAUGGUGAGACAGAAAGGAAACCCAGUGAAGAACUGGUGUCAGAUGCUGAACCUGCAACUGAAGAUGAAAACAUGUCGGGCUGCUGCAUCAUGACAGAGAGUGACACAGACUUGGUUGUCGAGUACGAGGAGCAUCCAGGCUCCAGCCCCCACAGAGAGGGUGAAGACCAGUCUCUGUCUGACUCCAACACCGUCAACCAGGACCAAGACUCCUUCAGCAUCCUGGAGGGAGACUCCCUGCUGGAGCAAGAGGGACCUCACCAGGACAUGCCCCCACUGUUUGUUCAUGUCACUUGUUCUGUCAACAUGAAAAGCAGCCAUGGUUCCACACCCAUACAAACACUGCCUACUUGUCUUGGUGAGAUUGUCUCUUGCCUGGAGAGUGCUGAGCCAGUCAAAUCUGUUGAUUUGAGCGAGCUCUCAGUCACUUUAGACAUUUUCGUUCUAACGCUGCCUCUGGAGAUUGAAGUCAUGGCAGAUUUCCAUCAUAACAGGUACACCUCAGAGAGCAGUGUGUCCCUGAAUCGUUCGCCCGGACAGCCGUCCUCUUACCGCUCUGAUGAAGAGUUGAUGGCAGUGUUAGACAGUCUGCGGGGAGCUGGUAUUGAUGGGGUUUCUGGUGAUCCCUUAUCCAAACUUCCACAUCCCCACAAAUUUGCAAUUCUUGGCACAAUGGAUGAGAUUCGUUGGCUGCUGGAGGAUGAGAUUGUUUCUGCUUUGCGUUGCUCUCGGGUCAUCGACUCAGCCAUGCUGCAGAAAGUAGCAGAGCAUGUUUUACACUCCAGUGGUCGACCACACUGUCACUGUGAAGAUGUCCCACUUCAGUUUGUCUUCGGGCCUGAGCAGUCUCUGGAAAAGUUCAAGGAGGAGUUCCGCAGAAUGUCGUUCUCUGGCUAUGUGUUGAAUGGAGAACGAGACAGUUUCUACUACGUGUCCUUGAGCAGACUUCACCCACAAAGGAUCCAGGCUGCCAAGAGGUUGUCAGAGAGCACCGCAGAGCCCCCACAGCACAUCAGCGCCGGCAAUACUGGAACUCAUGUGGAAGCUGCAGUGCUGGAGAGUGAAGGAGAGGUCCAAGCAGACAGCGAGACCGAGGAAAAGAAGUCCAUCUGUCCUGCUGCCUGUGCUCCUGGUGAUACUACGGCAGAAGCCAGUGAACCAAUCAGAGCUGUGAAGCCUGAAGCAGAUGACACUGUUAGUGUGGUGGGGGACAGAUGUCACUCCAGCACCCUCCAGCUUCAGACCGAAAGCUGCACAGAGCCUAGCUCGCCCCAGAAAACGGCCUCCAGUGUCAGCCUGGCUGAAUCUGUGCAGUCGGCCUCUCACAGCAGCAGCAAACUCAGGCCAAGUCGAGUCCAGAGCGUUGUUUCCAGUCAGGGCAGUCUGGACUCAGACAUGCAGGGUUAUGAUGGUGGCAGCAGUGAUUCAGAGUGUGAGAGCCCCAUCCUUGAUGAACAGGAGUGUCAAUCACCACUGAUGCCAGACUUCUGGUUGAUUGUUAAAAUCCACCAGGACAGAGUGAAAGUCUACUCCCAUGCCAGAUGUUUCUCAGAAGAAAAAGAUGUCAGUGUGGAUGAGCUGGAGAAGAAAGAGGAAGAACAGGAACUACCCGAAUACCUUCAGUUGCAUCAGAUGGUGGUGAAGAAGAUCGGGGAAAUCUGCAGGAUUGUCAACCAGCGCAUGCUGCUGCAGGAUUUACAUGACAGCCAUGUGUGUAAUACUCUUCUGGUGGCUGAGAGUGAGGAAGACAUCUGGAAGAACGAGUCUCUUUACAGGCAGAGGCCCAACAGCUCUGAUGAUUAUAACACAGAGGAAAGCUAUCAGGCCAGAGACUAUCUGGCAGCCACUAUGCAGUUCAUCCCUGGACAUUUUGCCUGUGAUAUUGUAUGGAGCACAAUCAUCCACAUUCAUCCACGCCUCAAGAUGGGACCCAACAUGGGGGUUGCCAGGGCAAUUCAGGCCCUUCGCUCUGUGCUGAGCGCUUUCUGUGUGGUCAACAGGAAGAACAUGUUUGUCUAUCAAGAGCGCACCACCAAAUCCGUCUUCUACCUCAGACUCUGUGAAACUUCACUUACUGGAAAGUAUUCAGAUGUGGAUGGAAAUCUUCACAUGACUCGAUCUAUUGGACUUGCCAGGAGUCAGGAGCCUUUAUUUUCUGAUGACUUAAUGGGCUCCAGGUCUUCUUUAGAGGGUUCCCGACCAGUUGGACAAGUAGACAAGCACAUCCUACUACUGGUUCAUGGAGUGGGAAACGCAGGUCCUGAGAUCACAGACGAGCUGGUCAAGGUGCUGCGUAAGCGCCUGGAUGAGACGACCCUGGAUAUCAUUACUGUUAUGCUUGUCAGGAACUGUAAGCUCACACCAGCUGAUGUGGAGUUCAUCCAGCCAUUAGGAUCUCCUGCCACAGAGGUGAUGACCUUCAGCCUUCCCCAGUACUGUCUUCCCUGGCUCUCCGCUGUGGCUCAUUACCUCAGACAAAACCUCUUCAUCUUCCUGCAUAUACCCAAAUACACUGACAGCAACACGGCACAUCACUUUAAGCACUACUUUCAUCUGAGCAGUGACUUGGCUGAUGGUGAUAUCUACCUCUACAAUAAGCCUGGAGGCCAGGGAACAGGUGGCAAAGGUAUUGCUUGCAUCGCCCUUUCAUAUGUGGAUGCUCAAGGUCAGCCGCUUGAGGUUGUAGCUCAGGAUGGUUCUGCACUGCAGAGAUUGGAGAACAGCAGCAUCCCCUUUCACCCAGACCAUUUUGACCAGCUGACGACUGUGGUUAAGGUGGAGGCCAUCAGCCAGGGUUCAGCACCACAGCUUUAUGUGCGUUUUGACAUCUGGGAACAAGGCAAUGUCAGCCCCUUACAGCUGAGUGAUAAACUGCAGGGGGCACUGCGCCAUGCUCUCUGCGAUGUUGUCAUGGAGCUGAGAGUUCUGCCAAACCCUCUUUGUCUUGGAGUCCCAACAACUAAAGCUCAGAGAGAAGAGAGUAAAGGCCUGCUGAUAUCUUUGCCUGAGGUGAGAGAAGUGAAGGACAGUGCCAGGCAGCGCAGUGGGUCACGGGUCUUUAAGGCCAGCCCUUCUCCAGUCACCCUGAUUCAGGCAGUGAGUGGAAGCCCUGUGACAGGGACCAGCACACCUGAAUCCACUACGCCCACCAGCAAGAGUAUGCGGCGGAGCUUCUGGGACAUCCUGAGCAAGCCAGACUCAGGAGAACUCGGGAGCCCCAAGACAACUGAUGACAUUGUGCAAGAAAAGGGAGAGGAGGGUCGAGCGGCUCGACGGAGACACAAGACAGAGAAUGUUAAACAGCAGUGGAGUCAAGAAAAGGCUGUCACUGUGGAGCUGGAGCAGACACAGAGGAGGCAGGUCUGUCAGUUGGAGGAGGGAGAAGUGGGAACUUUGCAUCCUGUCUACCAGGACACCUGCCAGCUGUGGAUCACUUUCAUGGCUAAACUUGGUUGCCCCUCCAUUCAGCAGUGCAUGGCUGAAAUCGCUUCCCACUUUCUGUUGCCGUCCAUCUUGGUAGAGAUUGUUAAUUUGGUCAGUUCGCUGGCCAGUGAUACCACAGUCAAGGCUUUUGAAAAGACAAGCCGUUCCCCCUCUGGCGAUGUAUUUGUGCCAUUUCCUCUCGCCCAGAACCUGAGCCAGCCUCCAGAUGCUACAAGAAGCUUCAUUCUCAUUGGCCGCAAUUUCCAUCAGUGGCACUGUAGCACAGAACAAGAAGACAGUUCAGAUGAGGAUAACACCCCAGUGCUAAAUAGGUUUACACCUCAUAAGGGCUUCCAGCGCUUUGAAGCUCUGGAGCAGUGUGAUUGGGUAGGUCCGUGCCGGGCAGGGGCUGGCCAGGCUCCCCGCCAGAGGUUCCUCUUCAUCAGCGUCCUGGACAAAAAGGUGACCCUGUACAGCUACAACUGGUCUGUGGACCUGGGUGCCUCUCUGAAUCGAGAGCUGGUGCGCCUUGUUAAGUGGCAGAACGCGAGGGCUCAUGUCGUCCACUGCUUGUUCAACCAGAAGAUGGGCCUUUUCCAUCACUAUUGCUUUUCUGAUGCACCCAUUCACGAGAUGGACUCUAAGCAGGAUCCUAACCCCUUCCUUAGUCCCUCCAUGGAGCCUGAUGCAUUGCUGCGCAGUGCAGUUCCUCCUUUGCUCAGUAAAGAGCAGGGCAGGCUGGGAAGUUCCGGACGAAGUCUCGCUCCACUCCACUUCCCCUCCGAGCUGCUUCCCUUUGACGAGGCUCUGAGGGAUGUUUGCACCAUCAGACCCUUAAUGGAAGGAGAUGCAGUGACCCGACAUGGUGGCCAGCUCCUGGAGAUCAAAGCUGCUGAGCGGAGAGAAAUGGAGAAACAGAUGAAGAUUGAAAAUUUGUUUGUGACUUGGCAGCAGAGGUCAGCACAGUCAAACAUGCCUAUUUCGGGGACAGAUUUGGAGACUCUGAAACAGUCAUCGAGGUUGGUCCAUUACUGCGCCACCCCUCUUCUCUUUGACCCCGUCUUUCGUAAACAGAUCCAGGAGGAACAGACUAAUCAGCCUGUGGUGAAGAAAAGGCAUUGCUCCAGUGACUCCACAGCUUCAGGACGAGACCGAAGCUACAGCACUGAUUCAGCCGAAAUGCUUCCCAGUCGACUGAAGGAAGAACCCUGGCUGCUUGAGAUUUCCAGCAACUUCCUUCAGCAGUACGUCCAGUAUCUGCAGAGCAUGGGCUUCAUUUUGGUUCAGGUCCGGCCUCAGUCUCCAGCUCGCAGCAUUGCCCGGGCUCGAGCUGCCAUGGUGAACUCCAUGUCAUUAGAAGGAAGGAUGUCUUUCUCUUAUGUAAAGCAGAAGAGUGAAGACAGCCCAAAGACCGCAGCACCAGGCACCACAGCGUAUCACCUCCAGAGAGCCCUGCCAGGAGGGAUCGUGUUGAUGGAGCUGGCUUUUCAGGGGUGUUACUUCUGUGUGAAGCAGUAUGCACUGGAGUGUUCCCGCAUUCCUAUGGGCCAGACAGUCAACUCCCAGGGUAACCUCCUCACCAAACUUCGUUGCAAGCCGUUUCCAGAUGCCACACCAGUAUCUGACUGUGCGCUCUCCAUGCUCUUCACUGAGGAGUGUGAUAAGGUGCGGGACCUGAUGCAUGUUCACUCCUUCAGCUACGACUUUCACCUGCGAGUGGUUCACCAGUACUUGGUUGGCUGCCACAUGACACUGCGCCAGGGCUACCAGCUCACGGAUUUCCUGGAUGAUUUCAUCUCCCAUCACCCAGACAUUCCUAAAUUUGGCCGCAAUCAUGUGUUUCAAGGGAGCUUUUCGAUCUCCACUGGGAUGAUAACAGCUCACCAGCUCUACAACUACAUCACUGAUCACGCCAGCACCUACGGCAUGAAACCGCUCCGCAUGUCCAAGACUGCAGCCACUACUGACAACAAGAAAGGAAUGCCAGACCUGCAUGAGUAUGCACUGGUAGCUCUGUGGAACAGUUCAGGCUCUUAUAAGGACCUGGAGGGUCUGCACCACCAUGAUGAUUUUGAUGUGUCCCUGGUGGUGUGUCAUAAUGCUGCUCCAUUUGAGGAGCAGUCAGAUGUGGAGAGGCAUUUGCUGAGGUUACGGUUCUAUGUAAUAAUGACCAGUCAGAGGGAGCUGUUCCCCCGCCUCACUGCUGAUAUGCGGCGUUUCAAGAAGCUUCCUCAGAUCUACCGUGAUCCUAAUGAACUGGGCAGCAAACUUCCUCAGGAUCGAACAGAGGCUACUGGGUCCCGUGGGGAUGAUCAGGACCUUUGGGAGGAAACUCCAUGUGAGGCUUCAGCUACCUCCACUCCUACUGACGGAAAUGAGUUUUACCCUCUGACCAGAGGUAGACCUGAGGCCCAGGGGCUGCUCUACGCCUCCCCAGUGUUCCCUUUGCUCAACAAUGAGGUGGCGUCAGCCCGCAGACAGAUCCAGACAAGCGUGGAACAGGCCAUGGGGCACUGCCGCAGAGAUAACUUGUGGAGGAGGCUGUUCCACGGAGAGCAUGUGGCCCUGGACAAACUGAAGCUGGCCAAGCUGUCAUUCACUGAACUGGAGGAGCUGCUGGAAGCUGUGCACAGCCGUUCAGUGGGAGAGAUCGACCCUCAGCUGGACUGUUUCCUCACCAUGAGUCCAGCCUGGUACCAAAGUCUGAUCAAAGUCCUGUUGAACCGCUUCCCUCAGAGCUGCAGACACUUUGAUGACAACAGCAUACAGUAUCUGGCUGUUCUGAACCAGAAGUUUACUGACUGCUUCGUUUUGGUCUUUUUGGACAACCAAGCUGGAAAAACAAGUUUAAAAGUUGUGUUUCGGGAGCCGCUGCCAUCACAGCCACACGCCAGCGGCAGUCCUCCUCCUCAGCUGGUGUCCAUGUAUCAUCACCUGGAAUCUGUCAUCAACACUGCCUGCUAUAAUCUCUGGACAGGACUGUUGUAGAGAAGCACAGUGCUGGAUUUACCUCAACUCGUGUCCACAGUUGGUGAAACAGUAAGGGAAAGCAAGGUAUUUUCCUUCUUGACUGAUUUAAUCGAGAGAAAUACUUUGUGGUGCCGCUCUGUGGUGCUGAGCUCCUGCCUAUUUAGCUGCAACAGAACAUUAUCAUAUUGACAAUAACACCACUGUUUUUAUGCAACACCCAGAACAGAACUGAUGGAAACAGACCCUGGAAAUUCAUUUUCCCUUUUUUUUAAGUUACUAAAUAAUUACCAUCCAUCUAGAGCUCUAAGUUCACAAAUACCACCAUGACAUUAGGAGCCAUAAUUCAAGUUGGUGGGAGAUUCUCAACACAACAUACUCUGACAAGGUAAACAUUAAGGUUUUCUGACUGAAUCUUUUCAUUGAUCUUUUAUUUCUCCCUCAUCAUCUGUAGCAGAGAAGCAUCUUUUAAAGCAGCUGAGUUACUGAAUAUAACGCUUCCUGCUCAAAUGCAAAGUCAGAAGUCAGCGGUGAUACUUUGGGUUAAACGUCUGCACAAGCUUCUCUAAUACUUUGAAGUAGUCACAAAUCUUGUGCCUUCUGAUAGCACUGAACUAUCUCUUCAUGCCAAAUUAGUAUUAAAAGACAGCCGAGAGGUCAGCGUCCAGAGAUGUGUGAAAACGGUCGUCCACUGGAACCCCACUGCCAUAUUUGGUGCCAUGAAGUGCCCUUUUCUUUUUCUUUUUUUUUUAUUUUCUUUAUACAAAUGAAGUGAUGCUGCUGUUGUUCCAUGUGCAAGUUUAUGGAAACCCAUACCUGAUGUUAGAAUUAAUGACUGUCAGUUCAAAGAGGUCUAACUGGGGGGAAAAAAAAACUUUUUAUUUAAAAAAAAAGAUAUAAUUUUAAUAAAUUGCAUACUAGCAUGCCAUAUGUCAUCAGAGCUGAGUUUAUCAUAGCAUGUUAGAAAUGAUGCGUUUGAUGUGUGUGUUCUGAAACCAUGUGGCACAGACCACAGUGUAGAAGUGGAAACUAAGUCAGCCAUAAACUGGCCCUACACAUUUUCACCUGAAGGAAACCAAAUAUGUUUGAGCUUUUCAAGGAUUUAAAAUGAAGGCUCCUUUAUUUCAGUUUGGAUAUUCAUUGUGCAAAAUGUGAACUGUAACAAGUUAGCCAAGAAUAGUUUGACACUGUAAUCUGAACUGUGGACUGACUGUAUGAUGUAUAUUGUGUAAAUAUAGCACUUGAUACAGUUUCUGUAAUGUUGAAUAAAGCAUUAAAGUCUA